AUGGAUGAAAAGGAAUCCUUUUUUGCUGGACUUGGUUUGUUGCAUUUGAGAAAUGUGAACGCCGACCAAUAUUUUAGUAGUGCACACUAUCAAAAUAUGCUCACAAACAACUCUAAGAUGGAAGCUGUAGCUGUUAACGUCGGUAUCAUUAAACAGAAGACUGAGUCUCAUUGUGAAGUCUGCCACAGAACUGGCGACCUAAUAACGUGUACGACCUGCGAUAAUUGUUUCCAUCACGUUUGUUACAGAAAUGAGGAAGGCGAUGUUACUACGGGCACGUAUCUCUUUUGUCAUCAGUGUAAGUCUAUUGGGGAAAAGUUUGGCAAUGUGGAUGACUGGGUCUAUGGCAUGCCUCUCAUAUUUGAAUAUAUCGUCGAGAAGUUCAGCACUGAUGGUGAAGUUGACAACCAGCGGUUAUCUGAUGAAUUUGAAGGCAUUCUUUCGCGUCAUCUACACAGCGAAUGUGUUGGCAGUUCAAAAUGUGUUGCCUCCCAGAAAGCCAAAAGAGUGAUGGUAAAGUUUCUUAAAAUGAUCCACGACUCCUAGAUUGAUUGACCAUUUCUAAAUUUUAAAAAUGUUGCAUGGAUUCAUAUAUAUCUACCCAUUCGUGAAUCAGAAACUUCUGAACACCUCUUAUGACAAGAUCACCCAUCCAGACUAAUCAGCAGUGAUGCAAUUAAAGAGAAGACCAACCUCCACUAGCAUGCUACGUGGAUCUUUUGAUUUGUUUCUCUUUUUAGUUGCGUUUCUACACCAACCUGUUAAUGCAGAGCCUAAGACACCAACGGAGAUAAGAGAGUUUCGCGUGCAAUUUUUGAAGGAACACAACAAGAUGAGGUCGCAGGCUCUGUGGCAGGCUGCCAACAUGAGAGAACUGUAUUAUUCCUACGAACUUGAAACUUUGGCUCAAGAGAAAGCCAACAAGUGCAAACUCAACCAGACAACUGACAGCUCCAAGGGUUUCAACGAGUUUCAAGAUAAAACUGGAAAGGACUUCCCAAACGUUAAAAAUAUAAUCGAAAGCUGGUUGAAAGACGAAGAUGGCUCAAAAAAACAAUUGUUGAUGGCCUCAGUUUCAACAGUUGGCUGCGGUUAUUCAUACUGCGAAGUUCAUAAUGAAUAUCUAGUGGCAUGUCUCUACGACCAAAGUGCGAAAUCACUUCCAAAUGGGGCUUUUUCGUAUGAGAGAGGUGAUCAUGCUAGUAAGUGUCCCGAGGGAUAUGAACGCAGUGGAACUUUAUGCAGACCACUGAAUCCAGUUUGCAGCAAGCAUCCUGAUACUUGUCGCAACAUCAAUCCUUCCAGCUGCAUAUGUGACGACAACAAGAGUGAGGAGGUUGGUCCGACGGACGAACCGGAAGACUACAUGUCUUUUCCUCUCUCAGAUUCCGCCCUACAUUUGCAUCAAAACAUUCCCAUACUCCUUCCAGUUAUGCUGCUGCUACUGCUGCUACUGCUGCAGCUGUAGUUGCAGUUGGUAGUCGAUGAGGAAAGUGUUUCCAACCUUUCGGAAAAGAUGGCAGAGGUUUUUGUGCGUGUGAUUCAUCUUACAACUCCACAAAACUACCACUGAAUGUGGCUGACGAAGCUCUGCUGUUGUGUUCAAUGAGGUGUUCUCAAACAGGCGCCUGUGUGGCUUUCAACUUUUGGAUCGACUCCAACCAGUGCCAACUCUUCAAUCAAACCAUCAAGAAGUUCUCGUCUCUACCCAACUGCCAAUAUUACUUCGUAAAAGAAAAUCAUGAUGCUGAAUUUUUUAUUAACCAAACUUUGAUGAUAACCGUGGACAACACUUUGAAAGAAUUUUAUUACAAUGAGAUUCACGUGCCUAAUUCACCUAAUUUUCCAAAUGCAAACGACUGGAAAGCGUUCGACCAUUACCAACUGAUUGGAAACAUUUAUGUUCUCGCUGUGUGGUCGUACAACGGAGGAAGCGCAGGCGGCCUCAUUGCAAAAACGUACGAUGAUAAAAUUCAAACUAACUUUACUUGGAAAUGUACCAACAACUCAUACGCUGGCUGGAAUGAAGUGGGUUACGAUGAUUCAUUCUGGCCCGAUGCUGUUGUUGGCAGGAGGGAGAAUGAUUUAGCUCAUGCUACUCCUGACUUCAAACCUGCUCUCUGGAUCACUGAUUCUACCGAUUGUGGCGAUUGCAAAGCAGAUUACUAUUGUCGCAAAGACCUUAUAGAUUUCGUCCCAGCGAACCGCUGCUCAUUAAACAUGGCCAACUGAACGCCAACAACCAUGAGAUGAGGUUCAUCACAUAAUUGUCCUCAUUCGAUUUUCAUACAAUUUUUUCAUUUGCUUGCAUAAAUUUGAAAACUCAAAAUGUUUGUUUCAACCUUUGAAAUACAAUAUUUAAAAUAAUAAAAUAUAUUUGAUAUGAUUUUCAGACAAAGACGAUACACACACAAACAUACACACACACCACACACACAUAUAUUCACUACAUAAACACAUCCACGCAAACACACACACACUCAAACGCACUUAUAUUUAUACAUACACACACACACACUCAUAUGUACUUAAAAUAUAAGAUAUACAAUCAUACAUAUUUUUUCCAUUUAAAGAUACAAACAAAAACCUUUAUAUUAAUGUGUGUGUGUGUAAAAAUUAUUUAAUCAAAAACAUUUUUAUUCUAAAAUAUUUUUUUCAUAAACUUUUUUAAAUUUUCCACCGGUUAAACGCUUCUUAAACCUUUUUAAACCUAUCCAGAGUACCGGAGUUGCAUAUUUUUUAAUUCGAUUUGCUGUUUUUAACAUGCUUCUACUGUUUGCAAGCCAGUCUAAAUUACUGUUUACCAUAACAUAAAAUAUUGUUGUAGAACCAAA